ACAAGCGAGAUACCCUGGUGGUAUGUCUGUGCUAUGCACAAGGGACCGAGAUUACUGGAUGACAAAAUCUAAGAUCAUCUUCGAUGUCUUCGUCGAGGAGAUGGCACAACAGAGGGUUAUGAGGCAAUUUGGUCUUCUGCAGUUGGAGCUACCUCCCCCUAUAGAGAACCCGGUGCCAGCACACAUCCACAGGACGACAAGGAAGGGCAUGACCAGGACAACUGCUGACUGGCUAGUUAGACUAGAGUCGUAUGUUAUAGAAUGGGAGACAGCAAACACAAAUCUAUGGCACGAGAAUCACAAUUUCGAUCUCGAUGAAUUCAAUCUCUAUUUGCGGCGCUACAUGACCGGAAAACGGUUACGCAUCGUUGAGUACUCCCACCCAGAGGAGAUACCGGAUCCUACUCCGUCGGAUAUGUACCCGAGCUAUGAUACUUCGGGCUCUAGGCAGUACGCGGCUACCUUGACACGCGAACUCUACGACGACGUGACCACCUUUGGACGAUCACUAUCGUCUGGACCUCUUCUUCAGCAUCGUCCAGUGCUACAACCCUUCUUGGAAAGAAUUCAGAAUAAGAUACGGACUGUGUACGAGGCUAUCACGUGCACCCGGAGAACCGAUGUUGUUCAGCACUAGCAGCAGCAGCCGCGUCACUCCAUGCACCGACAUCAACCACGUCCACGUCUAGCACAUCAGCCGACAACCAGGCCACCCCGUCCUGACCAACCUGGCAGUUCUACGUGGCACCCGCAGCACUAUGGUCCCACGUCGAGCUUCGUGUUUUCUCCACAGCCACAGCAACACGGUCCCUCAUCGAGCUUCGUGUUAUCU